AAACAGGAACAGUUCUAUAGUUUAGUCUGUCUUCACUUCUAUCACCACCACCACCACCACCACGACCACUACCACCACCACCACCACCACCUCCACCACUUCAUCAACAACACCAAGAACAACAUGAAUAACUGCAACACCUAAAAACAACAAUAUAAAAAAUUCAUCAAAAGCAGGAACACUGAUACCACCUCCGCCGCCGCCGCCGCCGCCGCCGUCACAACAACAACAACAACAUUGACAAGUUGUAACAAAACCGUGAAUCUAACGUUGAGUGAUGAAUUUAAAGCAACAACGAUUGUCCCAAUAAUAUCGAUAACAGCAACAACAACAACAAACACGCCAACAACAAAAGAUUUUAAACAGCUACCACUGGAGCCAUCAUCAUCGUCAUCAUCACCAUCAUUGUCAUCGCCAUCGUCAUCAUCAUCAUCAAUAAUUAACAUUCAACUAGAACUCAAUACUUCUUACGAUUAUUAUUAUUAUUAUUGAAGAAAAAGAAGAAAAAGGAGAACAACAACAGCAUGAAGCGUUUACUAUUUGCCUUGGUCUCACUAACCAUUCUCAAUUCUACCCAAAGUAAUAAAAUAGACUUCUAUCCAGCAAUGAGAGAUGAAAUGGCUAAUCUUUACAAGAAAACCCACCCUUGGUCAUACAUCCCGUGGAACAUCAUCGAUUUACCUUUUCUCUACAAGGAACCGCCGCAGAAAACGUUACCUGAUUUUUCAAAUGAUGAAAUAUAUUUCGAUGUUGGUCUCGGCAAAAGAGGUUUACCUUUCUCUCUUGACAUUGCAAAGAGACGUGAAAAACCGCUUUUGACUAAAGGAUUGCUUAUAAAGAAACUAGAAUUGCUUGCACAAAGAGCUCACCACCUCGAACUUCCUGAAGAUAAUGAUAAGAGAAGACAAAGUCUUGCACAUUCAUAGGAAAAUAUUUCGAAAGGAAAAUAGAAAAAAAAAAAAACUUUGAUAUUUAACAAAAAAAAAAAAGAUAACGAUUUAAAUGUAUUGCUAGUAACGUGUGAAAAAUAAGUUAAUAUGUUUUUGGGAAGUUGAACUAUAAAUUAAGUUUUGUAAAUAAAUGAUAAACUAACUAAACAACCAUUAUCGCACUUUAUUGAAAUGAGAGACGGAAACAGGGUUGCUGUUGUUGUUGUAGUUGUUAUUUUUGUUAUAUAAAUUGGUGGUGAUGAUAUUGUUGUUGUUUCUC